ACAGGUCUCACGGUACUUUGCCUACAAAAACAAAAGCGGUUAAACGUUAUCAUAACGACUUCGGAGUCAUUUAUCGUAUUUCGCUGUUUAUAAGCAUUUUCGACCGGUAAGAAGCAGGAAAUCCAGGAAAAGAAACUUACGAGGAUGGCGUCCGGCCUCGAGAGCUACGUCAAUCAUACCGUUUCGGUGGUGACCUCCGACGGGAGAAAUUUCGUAGGCACACUUAAGGGUUUCGAUCAAACUAUCAAUAUAAUUUUAGACGACAGUCACGAAAGGGUGUACAGUACGACUCAGGGUGUGGAGCAGGUUGUCCUCGGUCUUCAUAUCAUCCGAGGGGACAAUGUAGCGAUCGUCGGUGAAAUGGACGAUGCAAUCGACUCCAGACUGGACUUGAGUUCAUUGAGAGCCGAACCACUUGGUCAUGCUGUACAUUAAUAAAUUUUAAUUAUAAGUUGUGCGUGUUGUUCGAAUUACCUAAAGGACAGGAAUUUUUUGAAAACGAUUCGCAAAUUUUUUUCCCCCAAUUUACAAGAAAAUUUUUAAUUUGAUU